AUGGCGCGCGCGCAGAGCGAGGCGGUGAUCACGCCGCAGGAUGCGUGUUACUUGCGAGUGUGCUUGAAGCUGAAGGCGUACGACGCGCUCGCGGCGAGCGAUGGGAUUCUCGCCGCGCCGGCGAUGGACGUCGCCCCGGCGCUGGACGCGACGGACUUUUUGCUGCGGUGCUACUACGGCGGUCGCGCGCUCUUGGCGUUGCGACGAUAUCCCGAAGCCGCGCGGUGGUUUCAAGACGCGCUGAGCGCGCCCGCGACGGCGCUCAGCGCCAUCGCGGUGGCGGCGUAUAAAAAGUACGCGCUGGCGACGCUGUUGGCGGACGCCGUCGCCGACGCGUCGACGUUCUCGUCGCCGGCGAAGAAGUACUCCACGUCGCGCGAGUGCGACGCGUACGCGUCGCUGCUCGCGGCUGCGAAGAAACGCGACGCCGCGAAGGAGCUGGCCGACGUCGUCGAGCGACACGAGGCGACGUACGAGCUCGACGGAAACGCCGGAUUGGUCGCGCUCGUGCGCGAUCGAGCCGUCGCGGCGAAAGCGCGUUCGCUCGCGAAGACGUACUCGACGCUUCGCUUGGGGGAUUUCGCGAGCGCGAUCGGGUUCUCAGACGUCGAAGCCGCGGAAAGAGUGUUGUACGGUAUGAUUGUGCGAGGCGAAAUAGCCGCGCGCAUCGACGGCGUCGACGGCGUCGUGCGUUUCUCGGAGGGCGACGAAUCGUCGGCGACGAUCGAAGACAUCGCAGAGGCGUUGAAGCGGGGACUGCGCGCGGUGAGCGUUCUAGACGCGCGCGUGCGAGAAGAAAGCGACGCGCUCUCGCGACACAAAAAGUUUGCCUCGCACGCGUUGACGGAAGAGCGAAGAGCCGCGGCGUUGGCGCACGUUGAGACGGAGAGUUGA